AUGCAGUUCAAAAGCUCAUUCGAGCAUUACACCACUUUCGGUGCAUACAUGUCGUCCGAACUGGAUGGUCGCAUCGUAGGCGGCGUCGCUACCACCAUCGAGGAUCAUCCCUAUCAAGUAUCAAUCUCCACCAAAUUAGGCGGUCACUUUUGCGGUGGUAGUCUACUCAACGAGAAUAUUGUCGUUACUGCUGCACACUGUCUGCAAAGUUUUAAGGCUACGAACAUGCGCAUACGCGCCGGUUCCACUAAUAAUAAAAAGGGCGGAGAAUUAGUUAAGGUUGCUGCGCUGAAGUAUCAUCCCGACUAUAAUCCAGCAACCAUUGAGAAUGAUGUAGGCAUACUGAAAUUGGCCACAGCAUUACAACAAACGGCGAGCAUACGCUUUAUAGAAUUGGCAGAGAAGACACCGCCCACCGGCACACCGGCCGUAGUGACGGGUUGGGGUACGAAAUGUUUUGCCUACUGUCUGAUACCACCCACAGCUUUGCAGGCUGUCGAGCUAGCGAUUGUACAAAGCGAGGAUUGUGCUUCGAGUACUUACAAGUAUGGUGACGUAAUCAAAGAGUCGAUGGUGUGUGCCUAUGCGUUGAAGAAGGACUCAUGUCAGGGCGAUUCGGGUGGCCCAUUGGUGGCUGAGGGCAAGCUAGUUGGUAUCGUUUCAUGGGGAUAUGCCUGCGCUAAGAAAGGUUAUCCGGGUGUGUACAGUGAUGUGGCGUCACUGCGUGAUUGGAUUUUGAAAGCCAUUGACGAAAUUUAA